AUGAAGAGAACACCAGAAAAUGCCAGCUCGAUAAGUCUAAAUACUUGCUCCUUGCAAGUAUCCUUAGAGAAGGAACCUCAACAGAAAGAGUCUAAGCGGAACGCUCCGAUGCCACUAGCAAAGAGAUUCCAGCAUUCUCUAGAACCUGACAUGCUUUUUGGAUGGAAGCCCAAGGAUGGAAAGAAUACUAAAAAAGAAUCACAAAAGGGUCUGAAAUAAGAAGACCACGAAAGGUUUGACUAAAAUCCAUUCGCAAACAAUAAGCCCCAUAAAGAUAGGAGCUUCUGCUUCCAGAAAUAAUCGUAUGGGUCCUAAACCUUCUCAUGACCUGAAGCACCGCUCCCGAAGAGAGGGGACUACUAGUUCAGUAGUGAGUGGAAGAAGUGGAGAGACUCAAGAGGUGUUUCAAAAGUUGAAAUAAGAUACCUCAAACUUUGGCAGGGCUUAUUGAAGAGAUUCAUUUGCAACAUGAAGGUGAUUUGUAUAAGCUUAGAAUGCAGCAUCCUGAUAUUUUCCUGAAUUCUGAAAUUUCAUUGCCAAUUACAAAAGAAAUGAAUGGAAUUUCGGAUCUUUCACUAGAUCGUAGCUCCAAUUGAGAAGAAAGUUUAAAUAGGUAUCAAGAUCCAGUUUUCUUAAUGACUGUUCAAAAUUCUUUUGGUUCUUCUAAGCUUUGUAACAAGAGGGCAAGUUUAGAUAAUUCAAAAAGAAUAUUAGAGUUUAGCUCAAACUUUGAAAGCGGAAAUUUGCAUAAAGCUGUCAAGGAGGAAGAAAAUGAAUACGGAGAGUCAAUUUAUAAACUUUGGAUUAGACCUGACACUAAUACAGCAGGCCACACUCAAUGGUUUUACUUCAAAGCUCAAUAUAUGUCUAAAAACACCAAAUAUACCUUCAAAAUUCAAAAUUUCUCCAAAUAAACACUCUGCCUUCCAACAAGGAAUGUCACCAUCAACAUUCUCCACCAAAGAUUACAGAAUUAAUCACAAAUUGUGGACUUCUGACCAGACCUCAGAAGUUGAGUACUUCACAAACCAAGAAGAAAGUGCAAGGCAAAACAAGAAACUUUAUGGACUAAAAUUUAGCUAUACCUCCAAAUUCACAGACGAUGAGGUCUAUUUCGCUUUCAGUGUGCCCUACUCGUAUUCUCAGUUGCAGCAUUUCCUUCAAAAUGUGGUAGAAGAAUCACCAUUGAUCAAGUCAAACAAGAUCAGUUAUGAACGAGAAGAACUCUGACAGACUCUCAGUGGCCGUAAAGUUGAUAUCCUAAAAAUAACCAAUCCGAGCAAAUAAGCAAACUAAGAAACAAUCAGUGGUAAUCAUGGCAAGGUGUCAUCCAGGAGAAACAGUAGGAAGCUUUGUGAUGGAAGGAGUCCUGAAAGGACUCCUUAGUCAUAACUUCUUCUCUAACUAUCUCAGAGAGAAUUGCAUCUUCUAUAUUAUCCCUAUGUUCAAUCCUGAUGGAGUCUUUUAUGGCAAUAACAGGACAAGUCUUAGUGGUGUGGAUCUUAACAGAAGAUGGUCAAAGCCUGAUCAAAUAAUGCAUCCUGAAGUGUUUUAUCUGAAAUCUUUAAUCCAUGCUCUUGGCAAAGAAGAGGUUUCCAUUUUCAUAGAUCUUCAUGGUCAUUCGAAGAAGAAUAACUCAUUUAUUUAUGGAAAUACUUACAAGAGAACUCUAGAGAAGGGAAAUUUUUGGCAAGUCAGGUUCCUUUCUAAACUUUUGAGCAAGAUUGCUCCAAUGUUCUCUUAUGAUUGCUGUUCUUUCAGCAACCAAAAAUCUAAAAGUACUACAGCAAGAGCUGUUAUUGGUAAAAAUAUUGGAAUUUUGAAUUGAUUUACCCUAGAGUCUUCCUUUCAUGCUUUCAAAUAUUUCAACAUGACUAACAAGUGCUUCGUAUUAUGAAAAUACUCCAUAAAUGAUUAUCACGAGAUGGGUAAAUAUCUGUGUAAAGGGAUAUACGGAACCCUCCGUGCAUUCUUGAGCACAGAAGAUUGCAUUGAAUACAAUCCGAAUGUAGAUAAAACCAACACUGAAGUUGCAAACAAUCCUUUCUCAGUAAAUGCACUUGCCAGGAAAGCCCAACAAGAAAUCCUUGAUUGAUCAGACCUCAAAGCAAAAUUGAAGCUUAACCUCAAUAGAUCAAUAAAGCUUGCAUCGAAGUUUAAAGGUCUAAAAUCUAAGCCAAUCCAUUCAAAACAAGUUUUAUCAUUUUUAAAGCAAGACUCUGUUACCCCAAAAUCUAUAAAAUCCUAUCGUAAACAAACAAUGUAUAAACCAAAGUUUAAGCUGAAAUCUCAAGAAUGUCAGGACAUAUCACCUCGUACUUCAGAAGACCAGCUACUCUUGGAGCUCGGGAGUACAAUGAAAAGUCAAUAUCUCGAAAAUCUUGAAAAAGAAGUCAACACAUUCAUGGAAGAAUCCAAGCUACAUGAACAACCUUCUAAUGCCUUCAAGAUUAUUGACCAAGAUGAGACCAUCUUUAAGAAGGAGAAUCGCUCCUCAGAUGAAGAUUCCAACAGUGAACCAUCUGUAGAUAAUUUACCUGAAGAAGAACUUCAACAGUGAUACCAGCAGAUUAAACUAACUAGAGAGAAUUAUAUCAAAAAGGCCAAAGCUAAGAUUAGUAUUAUCAAGAAGAAAAAUUCGUUUCCUAAAAUUAGGGAUAACAGUACAAUAUCCUUCCCAUUUUCAGCAACUCCUCAUGUAACAUCUCAUAAGCAAAGAAUCUUCAAGGAACCUAAAUAAAGUAGAGUUGUACAAGUUUGAUCAGACUCUUUCAGAAAGGGAAAAUACUCAACUCCCUCAGGCAAUUUCUCCUAGAAUCCCAAGUUCGGUUACCGGGCUCCCAGUGACCCUCAAAAAUUCAAAUUACAGUAUAAAAAUGUGAAAAUAUUCAGCUUUCAAGAAUAAAUCUCUUAAGAAGACAAAUUUGAAUUUUAAGAAAGAGAAUUCUUCGAUGUAUUAUGCGAAGAUUGCAACUAAGUUACCUGAACUUUCUCCUCGGAUUAGUUCUAAUUUCAUAUCAAAGAGUAACAGAUCGGGUGAAUUACUUAACAAUAUGUACAAAAAGAGGGUACCCAUGUCUAAAAAUGAGAGAUAUGGAGCCACUCGGAGCGUUGCUGAGAUUUCUGAAGAGAAGAGGCUUCAAAGUUACCCCUACAAAAAUCCUCCUCGAAGUUUUGGAGUCCGUAAACUUUCAAAUAUCAUAGACAAUACCCAAAGAUAUAAAAUUUUACAAGAUUUCAUUGGUAAAAAUUUAUAA